UUUAUACACUUAGUUUACUAUAGUGUUCACAUUGUGGUGAAUUGGCAAAAUGGCAAGAACAAAGCAAACGGCUCGCAAAUCUACCGGCGGCAAAGCCCCACGCAAACAGCUCGCCACUAAAGCCGCUCGUAAGAGCGCCCCUGCUACCGGAGGAGUGAAGAAGCCUCACCGUUACAGGCCCGGCACAGUAGCUCUGCGAGAGAUCCGUCGUUACCAGAAAUCCACUGAGCUGCUUAUUCGCAAGCUGCCUUUUCAGCGACUGGUGAGGGAAAUCGCCCAGGAUUUCAAGACCGAUCUGCGUUUCCAGAGCUCCGCCGUCAUGGCUCUGCAGGAGUCCAGUGAGGCUUAUUUGGUAGGUCUGUUCGAAGACACCAACCUGUGCGCCAUCCACGCCAAGAGAGUGACAAUCAUGCCCAAGGAUAUCCAGCUGGCUCGCCGCAUUCGUGGAGAACGCGCUUAAAGACAAGGGAUUUUUUCGUGUACGUACCAAAAGGC